GAGACUGGGUGCAUGUGAGUCUGCACGUAGCAUUCAGACCCAGACGGAGGGAACCAGUGUUUAACCAGCAGAUGGCCAACAGAGCUCCGAAACAGCGCCGAUAGGACGAAGCACCUUCCUCUUUCCAGAAGAGACUCUGACACAGGAGCGGAGGCUUUCCUACCAGGACAGGAUGCUUGGGACAAGGAUGGAGCUGCCGUGUUGGGGCUUCCUGUUGAUGAGCUGUCUGCAGUCGCUCUCAGCCCACAAUGACUUCUUCACUUCGAUAGGCCAGAUGACAGACUUGUUGUACACUGAGAAAGACCUGGUCACCUCUCUAAAGGACUACAUCAGAGCUGAGGAGAACAAACUGGAGCAGGUGAAACGGUGGGCUGAUAAGUUGGAUUUACUGACAGCCACGGCCACAAAGGACCCUGAAGGCUUCCUGGGCCACCCUGUGAACGCUUUCAAACUGAUGAAGAGGCUCAACACGGAGUGGAGCGACCUGGAGAGCCUGGUGCUCCGUGACACCACCGACGGUUUUAUUUCCAACCUGACUAUCCAGAGACAGUACUUUCCCACGGAUGAGGACCAAACCGGAGCUGCAAAAGCUCUCCUCCGUUUGCAAGACACCUACAGACUGGACACCAACACGAUCUCGAUAGGAGAUCUCCCUGGAGUGAAACACAAGAGCCUCAUGACAGUGGAGGACUGUUAUGAGUUGGGGAAAAUCGCCUACACCGACGUGGAUUAUUACCACACCGAGCUGUGGAUGGUCCAGGCCCUCAAACAGCUCGACGAGGGCGAGGAAUCCCCCAUCGACAAGGUGACCGUGCUGGACUACCUGAGCUACGCCAUCUACCAGCAGGGGGAGAUAGAGCGAGCUCUGGAGUUCACCAAGAGGCUGCUGGAACUGGAGCCGGAGCACCAGCGUGCCAAGGGCAACCUCAAGUACUUUGAGUUCCAGUUGGAGAAGCAGAAAAAGACUGAAGAGCAGGAAAGUCAGAAGGAGGCGCAGCGGGAGAAAAGAGAAACGCCUGAAAAGAAAGAGAAGACCAAGUCCCAGAAGACGUUUUCUCUGAUCCCUGAAAGAAAGAAGUACGAGAUGCUGUGUCGUGGGGAGGGGAUCAAAAUGACGCCCCGCAGGCAGAGCCGGCUCUUCUGCCGCUACUUCGACAACAACCGCAGCCCCCACUACGUGCUGGCGCCCGUCAAACAGCAGGACGAGUGGGACCGGCCCUACAUCGUGCGCUACCUCGACAUCAUCUCCGACGCGGAGAUGGAGAAAGUCAAGCAGCUGGCCAAACCUCGGCUGCGCAGGGCAACCAUCUCCAACCCCAUCACAGGAGUGCUGGAGACGGCUUCUUACAGAAUCAGCAAAAGGCGAGCCACGGUGCAUGACCCUCAAACCGGAAAACUUACCACAGCCCAGUACAGAGUCUCCAAGAGUGCUUGGCUGACCGGAUAUGACGACCCGAUGAUCGAUACGAUCAACCAGAGGAUUGAAGAUCUCACAGGGCUCGAAAUGGACACUGCAGAGGAGUUACAGGUGGCGAACUAUGGUGUUGGCGGACAGUACGAACCUCACUUUGACUUUGGAAGGAAAGAUGAGCCAGAUGCUUUUAAAGAACUGGGCACUGGGAACCGCAUAGCAACGUGGCUCUUCUAUAUGAGUGACGUGUCAGCAGGUGGAGCCACAGUAUUCCCUGACGUGGGAGCAGCCGUUUGGCCGAUGAAGGGUACAGCAGUCUUCUGGUACAACCUGUUUCCCAGUGGGGAGGGAGACUACAGCACCCGGCAUGCGGCCUGUCCCGUGUUGGUGGGCAACAAGUGGGUAUCAAACAAGUGGAUCCACGAACGAGGCCAGGAGUGGCGGAGACCUUGUGGCUUAAGUGAAGCUGACUGAUUUAAAAAAAGACCCCUGCUUGCUCUCCUCUUCCUCGUGGACCACCCUGGACCCAGAAACACUGCUGCAGAUCACAGAGGACACUUACCGAGACGCUGGGUCCAAGCAGCUCGCUCUAUGUGGUUUUUACUUCACACCAACUUCACUCCCGUAUCUUUCUUUGCACUCCAAAAAGAACCUUAGGUCUGUUUUUAGAUGAGGACUCAACCCACUGUCUUAACUCUUCAGUCUGUUUUAAAUAUGCAAGAUGUUUGAAUACUUCUUUUCUUUCUUUUUUUUUAAGAAAACAUUUUUUUAAAUAAUUUAAUAAAAAAAAAACAAUUUUACUUGAGUUUUACACUUCUGUUGUUAAAUUACCUGCACGCAGUUUGAAAUGCAAAUAUUCUGAUGAGCGAUUGCUGGCAUCAUAUGUUCACAUCAGGAUGCAGUUUUGGGCCCAACUAAAACCACUUCUAAAUCGCAUUUGCUGUUCAUCAUCGUACAUCACACGUGCUGCAGGUUUGCCUUUGCGUUGCUCUGUUUUUCCUCUUAUUUGAGCACUGAUUGACACAUUGACCAUCUUACUCCUAAAUGCAGAGUACAUGAAAGCGCCUGGCCACAUUUAACAAUCACCCCUGCCAAAGGUUUGAUUAAUUUUCAGAAAGUGAAUUAUUUUUCCAGAUUAUGGUGUAAGCUGCGACAGAACAUAGGAAUUUAGGGAUAACAGGUUUGCCCUGCUGAUCGUACCUUCAGAGUUGGAUGAGACUUUGAGAGGUUUCCAAAGGAAGCAAUAUUUUAUUUAUGUUUCCAAACCAGUCUGUGUUGUUUUGUGUCCUAAAUAAAAGUUUGACCUUUGUUUUUUUCUAUAAUAAAAAAAUGUUUUA